AUGUCUCCGCCCGGACCGUCGCUGGCGCAGACGCCAGCCUCGCCUCGUCCAGACGACGCGACGGUGGACUCCUCUCGCCUUGACGUCCACGAUGGUGACGACAUCGCUUUGGCCUCCCACAACGGAAACAACGCUGCCGCAGGGACAGCUCCCAUGAAGCAGACCUCUCGCUUCACCUACCGCCAGCUCGCCGACCUCGCCGCGGCCGCACCGGCCUGCCCCCUCCGCGUCGUCGCCCACAUCGACCUCGAUGCCUACUACGCGCAGUGCGAGAUGCGCCGCCUCGGCACCGCCGACGACACGCCGCUCGUCGUCCAGCAAUGGCGCAGCAUCAUCGCCGUCAACUACCCGGCCCGCACCUUUGGCAUCAGCCGCAUGAUCAGCGCCGCCGAGGCCAAGCGCCUCUGUCCGGACCUCGUCCUGCAGCAUGUGCCCACCUGGAAAGAAGGCUUGACCGAGUGGGCGUACCACGACGACGCCUACAAAGACAUGGCCCACCACAAGGUUUCGCUCGAGCCCUACCGUAUCCGCUCGCGCGAGAUCCUGGCCACCAUCAAGGAGAGCCUGCCCGGUGUCGGUGCCCAGGGCUGCAAGCUCGAAAAAGCUGGCAUCGACGAGGUCUUUGUCGAUCUGUCGUCCUAUGUGCACGAGCUGCUCGUGCACCGGCUCUAUCUGGACGUGCUCGCCGACUACCGUGAACACCACCAUAACCAGCCAGGCGCACUGCUUCCUCUGCCGCCCGUGACCGAAGCCGAUCUGGACUGGGCGGCCACGGGCAGCGACGUCAUUGACGACAAGGACAAAAAGGACAGAAAGGACAAAAACGGCCAGGUUGACAACGAGGCGGACGAGGCCGGCGACAGCACCACCAACAGCGAUGGGGUCGUCGACUGGGACGAUGUGGUCAUGCUCGAGGGCGCCCGCAUUGUCCGCGCCGUGCGCCGGAACCUCUACGACAAGCUGCAGUUCCGCUGCUCCGCCGGCAUCGCCUCCAACAAGAUGCUCAGCAAACUCGGCUCCAGCCAGCACAAGCCCGACAAGCAGACCGUCCUGCGACCCCGCGCCGUCGCGGCCUUUCUGGACGGGCUCCCGUCCGUCACCAAGCUGCGCGGCCUCGGCGGCAAAAUGGGCGCCCGUGUCGUCGCUGCCUUUGACACCGAGUCGAUUGCCGAGCUGCGCACGCUCUCCGUCGCGCAGAUGCAGGCCAAGCUCAACGACCAGGAGGCCGGGUUUCACAUCCACAGCAUGGUCCACGGCAUCGACACGAGCGAGGUCUCCGCGCGCACCGACAUUAAGUCGAUUAUUUCGGCCAAGUCGUUGCAGCCCCCGCUCCAGACCAUGGACCAGGCCCUGCGCUGGCUGCGCGUCUUCGCCGCCGAGCUCAAGUGCCGCCUGUUGGACGAGAAACUGUCCUUGGCGCUGCUGGCCGCCGUGACGGUCAGCGCACAGGGGGCUGGCGGCGGCGAUGGACAGGACGAGCCAAGUGGGCACGGCGACAACCCUCGCCCUCCUCCUCCACCCGCAACCCAUACGACUGCCCACCAACAGCACGUCCAGCGGCUACGCCUUCCGCAGACCAUUCGUCUGCACUACGGGGACGCCAGAAACGGCCACCACUGGCGCUCGCGGCAGACCCGGAUCCCGCGGGACGGCGCGCCCCUCGACGAAGAGAAAAUGCUCAAGCUCAGCACGCAGCUGCUCGAGCAGGCGCAGCGCGCCGGCGAGCUGUGGCCGUGUGCCCAUCUUGCCAUUAGCAUGGACGGCUUUGAUGAGCCAGUCAAGAACAACAAGAGCAUCGAGUCGUUUUUCCAGAAAACGGCCACAAACGCCCACCCUACAUCGGCAACACCCGGGACAAUGUCGAGCCAUAAUGAUGAUUGUGCGGGUGGAGAAGACAAUCAAGACAAUCAAGACAAAGACGACCAAGACAAAGACGAUCUAGAUGGCAAUCUUCGUGACCUCGACGCCGUUGAUGCGCUUGACGCCCUUGAUGAGCCGCUGGUCAAGCGGCGGCGGACGGACCACGGCGCAGCAGAGACAGCAGCCCUACCUCUGCUGUCAAAAGCAGGGGACGCGAGGCAGUACACAGCGACUGACAAACACGGCAAACAAGGCAAGCAUGGAAAGCAAGGGAGAGCAGAGCGUACGAGCAACAUUGACGAACGACCGCGAGCCACGUCGUCCAGCAGCGCCCGACGAAGUAACGCGGCCGCAGACGCAGGACCAUCGAGUGUAUCCACUUUCUUCCAGCCCAAAACCGACGGUGCGCCGAGAACUGGUCAUGGAAACGGACACGACACGAGCAGCGGCCCAUUUGCAUGCGGCCAGUGCAGCACGUCGUUUCCGUCGGCCGUCCUGCUGCAGGAGCAUGAUGACUGGCACGUCGCCCGCGCGCUACACGCACGAGAGACGGCGACGACGACAACGACACAAGCGACGGGAGCAACGACAACAGCACCAACAACCGCCACUCGUCGGCGGGGGCCUGCCAAACGCGGGACGCCGACGACUCCGGCCCACUCCAUCUCGUCUUUUUUUCAAAACCAAGUGAGAUCGCCGACCAAAAAGGACAGUGGCGGCAGCGAUGGCGGCAACAAUGGCAACAACGGCGGCGACAAAAACGGAGCGUCAGCGUCGGAUGCGAGCCCAAGAUCACUGACCUGCCAUCGCUGUGGAGCUGCAUUGGACCAUCCAGACGACCUGCAGGUGCACCAAGACUGGCACUUUGCCAAAGACCUCGAGACUGGAUAA